UUUUUAACAGGUUAUUGGGAUGAAGUGAAAGUCAAGUGUGUUAUUAAUAAGAAUAAUGAUAGUGAUUAAUUCCUGCAUGAACACUGAACUCAACACUGAGUGUAAAUCACUGCAGCACUUUUAGUUAUCAUCGUCUUGGAUUUAUUGUUUAUUGUUAUUAUUAUUGGAUGGUUGCCGUGGUGCUCCGGACAGGUAAGUCUCACUUCCUCAUUACAUCUAAACUUGACUUCUUCAUAUUGUUCUGAUGUCGUAAAACACACACACGUCUAACACUGCUUUAGUGCUGUGGUCUUUUAAUAAUUUAAUCAGGUAACUUAUUUAAUUAAUUAACACACUGUACUGCUCUCGGCCAAUCAGAACACACCGUACUGCUCUCGGCCUAUCAGAACACACCUUACUGCUCUUGGCCAAUCAGAACACACCAGAUUAGAUGUUAUUGUGUAUUUAUGUGGAAUAAUUUUAUGACUGCUGAUUAUUUAAAUUCACUUUGACAGAGAUGAGGGGAGAAUCCCCAACACUGCACCUGAGAGAGUGAGACAGACAGACAGACUGAUGGACAGACACAUAUAGACUGAUCAAACAAGACAGAAAUAUAGGAAGAUCCAAAGAAAAUAGACCGAUAAACAGACAGACAGAUGGAAUUUUAGACAUUUGGACAGACAAUUAGACACAGAGAGACUGAUAGAUAGACAGAUAGAUAAGCAGACAGACAGCUAGAGGAACAGACGGAGGGAUAGACAGUCUGAUGCCCACUGUCUCUUCUGUCAAUCACACGGGACGACGCCUCCUGCUGUUGCUAUGGGCAACCCACCUCACCAUGGCAACCAACUGGCUUUCUCUGGUGCGUGUGCCGCGCUCUCGGCCGGUGUCAGGUCCAGAGGUGUGUGUUCGUCUACGGGGUCUGUCAGUGGGGCAGGUGGGAGUGUGCAGGGCGCGAGAGGAAGUGAUGGAGUCUGUACGCAGAGCGGCUGAGAUGGUCAUCGACGAGUGUCAGCAUCAGUUCCGUAAUCGGAGGUGGAACUGCUCCACUACUCCUCGUGGUGUUAACGUGUUCGGCCGUGUUAUGAAUCAAGGGACGCGGGAGGCGGCGUUUGUCCAUGCCCUCUCCUCAGCAGCUGUAGCUGUUGCAGUGACGCGAGGCUGCAGCCGGGGGGAGCUGGAGAGGUGUGGCUGUGACCGCAAGGUCAGGGGAGUCAGUCCUGAGGGGUUCCAGUGGUCGGGGUGUUCAGAUAAUCUGUCGUACGGUGUUGCAUUCUCUCAGACGUUUGUUGAUGAGCCAGAGCGAGUGAAGGGCACAUCAUCAGGGCGACCGCUAAUGAACAUCCACAAUAACGAAGCAGGACGAAAGGCUAUCCUCCACAACAUGCAGGUGGAGUGUAAGUGUCACGGUGUUUCGGGUUCCUGUGAGCUCAGAACCUGCUGGAAGGUGAUGCCUCCGUUCCGCAGAGUCGGUGCUGUACUGAAGGAACGAUUCGACGGAGCCACAGAGGUGCGUCUGACACGUAUUGGAUCUCGUGCCGCUCUGCUGCCGAAGGACCCUGACGUGAAGCCGCCUGCUGCUCGAGAUCUCGUCUACUUGGCCGCUUCUCCUGAUUUCUGUCGCCUGGACCCUGAGAACGGCAUCCUGGGAACCGCUGGCCGUCGCUGCAAUGGGACGUCACGCUUAGCCCCGGACGGCUGCGAACUGCUGUGCUGUGGUCCAGGUUUCCGCUCGGGUCGAGCCGAAGUGGUUCAGCGCUGCUCCUGCAAAUUCUCCUGGUGCUGCUCAGUCCGGUGUCAGCAAUGUAGAAACACAGUGCUCAUACACACCUGCAGAGAGUGACACACACACACAGACCAUUUCAUCUCAUGUUGAUGACUUGCUGUGAUUAUAAACACAGAUUACACCGUCAAGUAUAAAUCACUUCAUUACACACCCACAUUUCAUAUUAAUGACCCGAAACAAAUCCGCUGUCCGUCCUCUUCCACAUACACGAGCUCACCGACACCCACGAUUGGCUAGCGUCACUGUGACAGGUAGCUCUGCUAAUCAUGCUGUCUUGGACUCCACCCACAGAGGGUGUGUGCUAUCAUUGGGAAGCGAACUCAUGAUCUAUUUCUGUUGUGGCAGUCAGGAGUCCAUAACACAGGAAAAAUAAGACUCACCAUUCACACCAAGGACAAAAGUAAUGGCACCCUUUUAGUCGUCAUUUUGUCAUUUUCAGCUCUCUGUGAACUGUAGAUAUUUUAGGCUAAAUGUAAAUCAACCGUGCCAUGAAUGUUCUCUGUAAUUUACGUCUGAUUGGUGUUUUUCAACAUGCACAUGUGCGCACAUUAACUAAACGAGUGAUAAAUGAAAGGUGAAUUCCAGCUGCCUGAUGAUGAUGAUGAUGAUGAUGAUGAUGUCAUAUCGGGUGUUACGGCAGCCGGCCAAUCAGCAGCUUUGCUUCAAUUCACAUUCAGUAUAAAAUCUCUUAUUAUACAAUACAUUAACAUGUGAGUAUGAUAACGAUAAUAGAUGGGGUGAAACCCUGAACUCUGACACACACACACACACUAACUGUAUGAGACAAAGCUUUAAGGUGGAGAUUAACCCUGUAACACACCCUGCUGUAGUAUGGAGAGUGUAAUAAGUGUAGAGUAGAGCACGUGGUGUGUUAGUAAUAUUCAGUGUUACUGAUUAUAACCUCAUAUUUAUUUCAGACUCGCAAACAUUUGUUUCACUUAAUAAACUCAUCGCCAU